GUGCCAUCACAAAAUCGGCAGUGACUUCAUUUGUGAAUUAAAAUUCCUGGACUUUCAAGUAAACAUAGGUCAAGUAUUAGUCGUUGUAGAAUUGGAUAUUACACCACGUAUCUGUUGUACAAAUAAGAUUUUGCCAUACAAUGUCUGCUGACGUUUCAGAGGCUAUUCAAAAGCUUGAGCUACCACCACUACGUACUCUGGAUGAUUUUGCUUUAGGUUCGGCACGUUUUCAAUUACCAAAUUUGAAAGAUUUCGACAAAUGGGGUAAUCGUGUGGUUAAGAAUCUUAUCUACUAUCAAACAAAUUAUUUUCUUAUGUUCAUUACGAUCUAUGGAAUAAUGGUAAUAUUCAAUCCUUUUAAAAUUGUGUGCGGCCUUUUGGUACAAGCUAUGAUGGUGGCAGUGCUCUUGCAGUUUUUUCAAAAGAAGACCCGUAUUAUAGUUAGUCACAGUGCUGCGGAUAAUCAAAAAUGGUACAUGCUUGCAGGCGCUUUACUUGUGGGAUAUUUGUUUUUACAUUUUUUUGAUGCGCUGCUUUUAUCUGGCUUUACUUUGCUCUUGCCAUUUUCGUUAACCUUCGUACAUGCGUCCUUGCGUCUUAGGAAUUUAAAAAAUAAGGUGGCAAAUACAAUGGUGAAUCUAAGUGCUUCAACACCAAUGGGAGUUUUUUUGGAUACCUUCAACAUUGCAGCCGAUAGUUUACUUAACUAAAUGACAAGAAGCUGAACGAAUUUAUAAUAAGGAGAUUUUUGUAUGUAGCCGACGUGAUGUCUUAAAGCACUCUUAAUGGCUACAGAUUGUAUAUAAAUUAAUUUAGCUAUCAGUGUAAUUUCAUUCAAAUAUGCACAAGCAGAUUAUAACAAGGAAGUUGUUCGAUUUAUAAUACAAAAAAUUACGAAUUAUAUACUCUCGAUUUAUAACGACAUAAGGAUAUGAGAGUACUUUCUUGUUUAUUAUAUUUAAGUAUUCAUUGAAUAAACGCAAUUAUACUCCUGUUUUAUUUGAAAA